UCUGUCAGCUACAGCAGAAGAAAACAACCACGCCCCCAAUCAGCAUAAGUACCUCCCCAACACCGGUCUCCUUCGUCUUUGUUUUCUUCUGUCAGCUGUUUGGGGGAGGGGUUUGCACUCACUGAUCCCAGCAGGGAUCCGAUUACCGGGUGCAGUUCUCUGCAGCUUCUCUCCACCCGAAGCCCAUGCCGUUAUCAGCUCAGGCUGUGUGUGCUGGGAACCCUGUGCGGUGGGGGUUUUCCUUGCCGUGGGCAGGUCUAAGCACAGUGUGCUUCUGCUGUCUGGAGGCGACUGCUGAUGACAUCAUAGAGGUGUGCACCUGUAGUUAAGUUGUGCAUGGUGCUGGCAACUUUGCCCUUAGUAGUGUGCUGUUCAACAUGGAGCCAGCUGCCUCUAAACGCGCCGCUUCUAGGACUUCAGGUGAUUCUGUCCCUGUGGAGGAGCCUGUGUCUAAAAGGGAUAAGCAUCAUGGCAAAGAGGAUAAGGAGUUAAGGAUGUGUAAAGCGUGUGAUAAUUCUGCUAUCAAGGGUAGAAGAUUAUGCCAGAUAUGUUUGGAGGAGUAUGCUACCAGAGACCUUAGCAAGAAUUUAUCUGCUACUCCUGCUCUCUCUCAUGCUAGUUAUCCUGAGAGACCCUCCACUUCUGCUGUCGCUCCAGUGGAUCAAUCCAUUAUCAGAGACUGGGUUAGAGAAGCAGUAUCUGAAAGCCUAAAAAACCUUCCGGGUAGUAAAGAGCCAUCUGCGCAGUCUAAAAUUGUAUUAUCUUCUGGGGAUGAAGGUGAAUGUUCCUUUUCUGAUGAGGAGGAUGAUGAUGAAGAUGAGUCUCAGUGUUUUGAAACUAAACUUGUUCCUUCUUUAAUUAAAGCGGUGAGAAGAACCCUUAGUCUGGAGGUCCCUCAGCCUGAAUCUUCCAUAUCCUCCUUUUUUUCUAAGAAGAAAAAGCCAUUUUUUCCUGUGCAUCCUGAAAUUAAAGACAUUAUGAAUCAAGAAUGGGCUAAAGGUCCUAAAAAGACCCCUGUGGAGGCUAAAAUUGCUCAGUUGUAUCCUUUUUCUCUGGAAGAUCUAGAAUUAUGGGAGAAUCUUCCCACUGUUGAUGCCCCGGUGGCACGCUUAUCAAAGAAGACGGUGCUUCCAAUUGACGAUAUUUCAGCCUUAAAACACCCGAUGGACAGACGUAUGGAAACUGAACUGAAAAAGUUAUUCAUGACGGCUGGGGCAGCUUGUAAGCCUUCUGUGUCCAUAGUUUCAGUUUCUAAAGCAAUUUCCAUUUGGGCAGACAACAUUGAACAAGCAGUUCUGGAGGAUUCUCCUAGAGAGAAGAUUGCUCAAGCCCUUUUAGAUCUCAAGAAGGCCGCAGAGUUUUGCCUUGAAGCUGCUAUUGAUCUUUCUAGAUUAUCGGCUCGUAAUCUUAUGUAUUCGGUUGCUGCCCGCAGAGCAUUAUGGCUUCGCUCAUGGUAUGCGGAUACCGCCUCCAAAAAUACGCUGUGUAAAUUGCCCUAUGAGGGUAAACGAUUGUUUGGUAAAAGCCUAGAUGAUAUCAUUGCAAAAUCCUCAGGAGGAAAGAGCACCUUUUUACCGCACCAAGGAAAUUUACCAAGGUUCUAGUCGUCCUGGUAGCAAAGAUGAGGAGGGAAGGUGUGGAAGUCUACCACUAUUUAGACGACCUUCUCAUUGUGGCGAGAGAAAGAUCUACCCUCCUGCAUCAUGUAGCCUUGGUCAGGAAUACACUGACCCGCUUCGGGUGGUUAGUGAACGAAGCCAAGAGUCAACCGGAGCCCUCUCAGACAAUUAUUUAUCUGGGGGCACUUUUCAACACCAGGAUAGGUAUGGUGUCCUUGCCUCAACAGAAGAUCCUGAUGCUAUCGAGGAGAGCAGAGCAGUUGAUGUUUACUUCAGUCCUGUCGGCCAGAGAAUACAUGGCUUUUUUGGGUCUCCUAACAUCCACCUUGGGUCUUGUGAAAUGGGCAAGGUGGAGAAUGAGACCGUUUCAAAGUUUUUUCCUCUCUCACUGGAAUCGUUAUCUUCAGGAUUGGUCUCAGAUGAUUCCCCUGUCUUGGAAGGUGAAGAGACAUCUCUUAUGGUGGCAGAGUCCCAGCAACCUUCGCAGAGGGUAUCCCCUGGCCGAGCCCGAAUGGGUGGAAGUCUUCACAGAUGCCUCGGGUCAGGGUUGGGGAGCGCAUGUAGAAGAGAUGGCGAUUCAGGGUCAGUGGAGGUCGGACUUGUCUCAUCUCCCAUCCAACGUCUUGGAGUUGAGAGCGAUUCGGGAAGCCUUGGAAGUCCUCAGACCAGUCCUAUCAGGGACUUCGGUGAAAAUAAGAUCGGACAAUAUGUCAGCAGUGUCCUACAUAAGAAAGCAAGGGGGAACAGGCAGCAGCAGUAGAUUGAUGAGGGAAGUCAGUCCUAUCAUGAAUUGGGCUCAGAGCAAUUUGUUGGAGAUAACAGCAGUUCAUAUUCCGGGGGACAAGAAUUAUCAGGCGGAUGCCUUAAGCAGAACCUUGUUCCAGAGAGGAGAAUGGGAGCUCAAAACAAGCAUCUUCCAAUGGAUAACCUCUCUGUGGGGCCUUCCCCAUAUAGACCUCAUGGCUUCGGAGAAGAACUACAAGAUCAAACAUUUUUUCUCCAGAGUCCCAUCAGCUCGAGCAGUGGGAAUCGAUGCCUUUUCCCAGAACUGGCGGAACCUCUGGGCUUACAUCUUCCCUCCAUUCCCGAUCAUCUUCAAAGUUCUGAGGAAGAUUCUUGUCUCUCACAUGGACGUGAUAGCCAUAAUUCCAGAUUGGCCACGCAGGCCAUGGUAUCCCCUCCUCAGACGAUUAUGCAUUUGUCAACCCCUGAGAUUGCCUUUGAUGGAGGAUCUCUUAAUGCAGGGCCCGUUUCUUCAUCCGAAUCUCAGCAGUCUCAAUCUUGCGGCAUGGAGGUUGAGAAGUCCAGACUUAGGCGACGGGGAUGCUCUGACCAAGUGAUUAAUACUCUGUUGAAGGCCAGGAGGCCUGGAACGUCUAAUACUUACCAUAGAAUAUGGCAGCGGUUCGUUUCCUGGGCCAGAGAGAAGAAUCUUGAUCCUUUGCAACCUUCUACACCCAUGAUUCUGGAGUUUCUGCAAGCAGGCUUAGAUUACGGGCUAAGUUUAAGUUCCUUAAAAGUACAGAUCUCUGCCUUGUCUGCAGUGUUAGGAGAAAGGUGGGCUGAAGACCCCUUGAUAGAGCAAUUUUUCAAAGCCGUUUUGAGAGUGAAACCUCCUGUAAAGAAAUCCUCUCCACCUUGGGAUUUGCCGUUGGUCCUUCAGGCUCUUUCAGCUGCUCCUUUUGAACCCAUUGAUCAGAUUCCUCUCUGGUGGUUAUCCCUCAAGACGGUGUUCUUGGUGGCCGUGACUUCAGCAAGAAGAGUUGGGGAGCUGCAAGCUCUGUCUGUAGAUCAACCCUAUACCAUUUUUCAUGAAGAAAAAGUUGUGUUAAGAACUGUUCCGUCCUUCUUGCCUAAAGUCCUCUCAAGAUUCCAUGUUAAUGAACCUAUUAUUUUACCAACCUUACCUGUUGAGAAUGGGCAGAGUUCCUUGGAUGUUAGGAGAUGUCUUCAGGUCUACAUCGACAGGACAAAGUCCUUAAGAAAGUCUCAGAGACUCUUCGUGGUACCGGCAGGGUCAAGAAAAGGAGAAGCGGCAGCAAAGUCUACUUUGAGCAGUUGGAUUGUUAAAACCAUCCUUCAAGCCUACAAGGAACAGGGCAGGUCAUCUCCUAGAGCGGUGCGAGCUCACUCAACCAGAAGUAUUGCAGCCUUUUGGGCAGUGGAGGCAGGAGUUUCGGUAGAAUCCAUUUGCAGAGCAGCUACUUGGGCUUCCACUAAUACCUUUAUUAAGCACUAUAAGCUAGAUGUAUUGUCUGCAGCAGAUGCUCAGUUUGGGCAGUCUGUUUUGUCUGUGUCUCAAAAAUAAAUGUCUUGCAAUCAUC